CAGGAACACGCUCAACGGAGACAGAGCUUGCUUCACAAGAUCAACUACACCGCCAGCUCUCGGCAUCCCUUCAGCUGACAUUCACAACAAAGGAUAGUGUUCACCCAUCAUGACGGCCCUUUUCAAUUUCUCGAGCCUGCUGCUCGUCAUCCUCCUCCUUAUCUGCACCUGCGCCUACGUGCACCAGCUCUUCCCCGCGAUCCUCGACCGAAACAAGACAGGCGUGACAGGCAUCUUCUGGAAGUGCGCGCGAAUAGGCGAGCGGCUGAGCCCAUACAUGAGUCUGUGCUGCGGGAUCAUGGCGAUCUCCAUUUUCCUUGGGAUGUGAUGCCGACUUCCUUGCCGUGGCAUACAUACUACUUUAUGGAAGGUACUCUCCUCGUUGGUCUGUAUCAAAGGGGAUUGCAACGGUACCACGCGCGCGCCGUUGCGCGCUAGGAGGAGGUUGGUCGGGUCUUAGAGGGGCGUUAAGGAAUGGAUUGGCUCGACUUGGCGGCAUCUAGACGGGACGGUUUAUUGGAAACCAACAGGGGCGAUUCAUCUACCUACGAC